AUGUGCUUCACGGAGACGUGGCUGUGUGGAUCUGUACCGGACUCUGCGCUGCAGCUGGCUGGCUUCCAACUUUUCCGAGCGGACCGCAACACGGAGCUCUCCGGCAAGACGAAGGUUGGAGCGAAACUCAAAAAGUUAAGGUUGGAGAAGGAAGAGGCGUUCAGGAGCGGGGACAGAGACAGGUUUAUAGAGUCCAAAUACAGGUUUAGCAAGGAGGUGAGAGAAGCUAAACGACUGUACUCUGAGAAACUCCAACAACAGUUCUCAGCCAAUGACUCUGCCUCUGUCUGGAGAGGGCUAAGGCAGAUUACAAAUUGCAAGCCCAGAGCCCCCCACUCCACUAACGACUCACACCUGGCCAACGACUUGAACGAGUUUUACUGUCGCCUCGAUAGACAAGGGGACAGUCCUGAAACCACCCCCCAUGAAACCACACUCCAGCCCAUCAGGUGCACCUCCCCCACCACAGCAAGGGUCUGCAUCUUCCCACAACUUCCCAACUCAGAAUCCCCCCCCCUCCUCCCCUACCACAGGGACGACUCUCUCCAUCCUGGAGAGGGAUUUCAACAGACUCUUCAGGAGACAGAACCCCUGCAAAGCAGCCGGGCCAGACUCUCUGAACUGGAGUUUGUUCAGAUCGUCAUCAUUAUCCUGGUGAUGACAGUGAUGGUGGUGGUGAUCAUCUGCCUGCUCAACCACUACAAGCUCUCCAACUGGUCUUUAAUUACACGGCAGAGCCAGGCCCACAGGCACAACCAUGCCCUUCAGCAGGUAUUAUACACUCCCCAGGCCAGGGAUCGCUUCAUUGCUCCCUCCUUUAUGCAGCGUGACCACUUCAGCCGCUUCCAGCCCACCUAUCCCUACUUGCAGCACCAGAUUGACCUUCCGCCCACCAUAUCGCUAUCGGACGGCGAGGAGCCCCCGCCAUAUCAAGGGCCCUGCACCCUGCAGCUCCGCGACUCUGAGCAGCAGAUGGAGCUCAACCGCGAGUCAGUGAGGGCGCCACCCAACAGGACCAUCUUCCACAGUGACUUGAUCGACAUGGGAGGAGGUGGGAGUCUGGGUGGCAUUGUGGUUGUAAGGAUAGGCAUGGGUGGUCCGAGGCCGCCCAGCAGUAACAUGGGCUUCAGCGCAGCCAACUGGAACCACGGAUGCUUGGAGGGCCCCCCACCGGCAUACAGUGAGGUGAUGUGCCACUACCCCGGCUCUGCAUUCUAUCCUCACCAGCAAAGCAAUAACCCAAGGGUAAGGGGCGCUGGGACCAGGACAAUCCCGCAGCAGAGCCAAUCAGAAAGCACAAUAGUACCUACAAAGGACAAGGACAGCCAGCCGGAGGACCUGGUGUGACUAAAAGGCUAGCAAAGCAGGCUUGGCCACCGACCCCAGACUGAGAAAUGUCUCUCCACUUCACCCCUGAUGAUCAAUAAGUGUUCUUGCUCUCUGUCCCUCUGAUGUCCUCCUUCCACACUCUCAUGCACAAACAAAUAUUAACCUUAGCUAAAACUAAACAAGGAAUGUGAGGAACAAAGACUUGAUUCAGGAUAUAUGCACUGCGGAAGACUUUUUUAAGAAAGAACAUAUAAGAAAAAUAUAUAUACUGCUAGCAUAGAUUGAAACCAUUUGCUUUAUUUGUCCCCUCGGGAAAUGGCUCCAUCUUUGGGAACUGAAUAUUAUGAUUUUCAGUUUUGUUUUCUAUUUUUUAUUUUGAUUCUUUUCGUUCCUUUUUUUCCGGACCUGUGCACAAAGCGAGAACUGAGGUGAGAAUUAAGGACAUGAAGAGAGUGCCAAGGUUCAUGAGAAAACAAAACAAAGGGUGGAAAUUACUCAUUAUGACAUUUCUAUGACGAGCAAAAAAGUUGCACUAUCCAUAUCAUUGUGAUGAUAUGAUUUUUUUGUUUGUUGUUUACAUGAAAGGACUGACUGAACUUAAGCUCCAAAGGAGCAAAAAACUAAAACCAACAACAAGUAUUAUAAGCUUAAAUUCUUCCUUUGAAAACCACAAGAAAUGCUUGUACCCAUCACUGUCGGCUGACACCACAGGCACAGCAAGACUUAGUAAGAGAAUAACCUUGUACUGCUUCAUGUCUUAGUAAACUUCAGCCUCAUGGGGAUGGAAUCUGCUGUGUAACCAGCUGCUGGUUUAACAAAGCAUCUCUAAAUUCUCUGGUGGUUUGUUACAGGAUUUAAGUAAACUAUUAGAAUGAUGAGAGCUGCUUGGUGAGACCCAUACCAAUAAGUGGUUAAUCUGGCCAGCUGGUUUGAUAUCAACCUAACAAACAGCUGAACUCGAUAACAAAAUAUCUAGAUGUCUGGCCAGCAGCCUGGUCACAGCAAAUAUGUAUUUUCUCAACCCAGUCCAGACCUCUGACCACUUGACACUUCCUUUUUCCAGUUUCCAGUAUAUAUAACUCCACCUACCCCCUUGACCUCCUCUCAUUGCUCCUCUUGGAAGAGUUAUUUGCCAACAGCCACACUGAAACUCGAACCCUGCCACCAUAACAACAUAAACAUAAAACAACAACAACAAGAAGGCAACUUAAUGUCUCUUAAGUCACAAAAACAAAACUUUACAAAGUCAGCACAGCAAUCAGGUUUAAGAUGAAAAUCUAGCCAUUUUCUCUGCUCAUCGUUUCUUGCACUCUCUUUCCCCUCCUGUCCCCAAAAUGCAUCCAAGCUGUGUAACAGUGUUCAUCAUUCUCUCCUUUCAUCCAAGUGCAGAAAAGUUGUGUGCAAAUGAUGACGAGUCCGCUGAAGCCCUUUAAAGUAGACCGGAGUGGAGACCUUGUUAGGCAGUGUGCUUUUGCUGUCUUCUCCCUGUGUGCUUACUGUGUGUAUGUGAGUGCGGCACUGUCCUUGUUAACCAUUAUUAUUAAUUAAGCUAUUAAUUAUAAUUCAGUUGAGUGUCUCUUUAAAAAAUCACAGAUGCACUAUGGUUAUUAACAUAGGGGGGAAGUGACCUCAGGCUAAAAGCUCAAACAAAGGGCACGCAGUCCUCCCACAGGCUCCAAUAAAACUGCACAGUGAAAACAAUGUAAACUGAGCAAUGUGCAAACUGCGGCUGUAGAGACUGAAAGUACGCAAACAACAAAAAUUAAGAACUAAAUCUUGAGGAAACUACUUUGCUUUAUCUUGUAGAAGAUUAGAGGACAAGGCUGGUGCUUAUUAAAAUUUUCAUAUGUAUAGAUUUCAUGAAAACACAAAGUAAUCCUAACUCUUGAUGACUUCUGUACGCUGGCUGUGGCUAUCAACCUAAGGACCAUUGAUUCUUACUGCAGACUUUAAUGUUAUUAACUUGUUAUCCAUUUACUAAAACAGAUGCAUUACCAAUCUGAUCCCCACAAAUACAACCAACUUCUUUCACGUCAUUGAUUGAGCAAACCCUUUCUGCAAAUGAAGACUGUGAUAGAUGGUGGAAGGCCCCAGGAAACUGGAGCUGUUUAAUGUCAAGAACACAUUUUAGGGGCUCACCAAAACUGGGUUUCAUCUUCUUUUUAUAUAAAGCCCCAGACAUGUCGACAUUAGCCCAUCUGUAGUUUUAAGAAGACUAUUUUCAGUGGCAGCUUACACAUGUUGUAAUUUAGACUAGUGAAUAGGCCUAUUUGGGUUGAUUCAAAAAUCAGUGUCUAUGUAUGCUAAUCAAUGGUUUUACCAAGUGCAGGACUGUCACUGAUGUGUCUAAAUAGUUUAUCAAACAACAGUGGAGGCCAGUGAUAAAAAGGGAAUGAGACACUUGUGGAUUGGUUCUGAUGUUUGUUGUGUUUUUAGCGGAUAUGCUGACUAUUACAAAAGCCUAAAAUAUCAUCAGAUUUCUCCUUUCGUUUGUAUUAUUGGUGUUAUACAAAAAUCUAACUUUUUACAUGAUUUUAGGUAUCAUUUGAAUUUAAUACUGAUAUUAUCUUGAUACAUGAUUAGUAGAGACUAAAGAGAGUAUAUUAAUGCAGCAGACAAGAACAGCACAUCUCUCUUGUGUUCUGUUAACAUCUGUGUGUGUGUGUGUGGGUGUGGGUGUGUGUGGGUGUGUGUGGGUGUGUGGGUGUUACUACAUCACUGCUGCUAUCGUUGUUGCUGCUACUGCUACCAUUGUUGCUACUGCUGUUUCUUAUAUCCCUUCUCAAGUUCCAUCGCCUAUAAUUAGAAGGAGAGAAAUCUGUCUGCAGUGACCUGCACAAGUAUUGAGGGAAAACAUGGUCUGUUUUUACCUGUCAGAACAUUUUGUUACACAGGUCUUGGGGAACAUACUGUCCCAACACAUGCCCAUUGUCUAUACAGACCUUCUUUCUUUCCUCACUUUUCUUCCUUCAUUCUAUUUUCUCUGCUUAGUCUGUCUGCACAGUCAUAGCUUGUUAAUGUAGUUCUAAAGAUAAAUGUUAUGCUUUUUUACAAGGCGGUUUGCAUGUGACUAUUAUGUGAGUAGAUAAGGUGCCAGACUACACCUUGGUGAAACUGCUGGUAGAAUCCUUAUAGGUGCUUAAUGUGAGGGCUGAGCAUCAGCCUGCCUGGCCGACUAGAACAGGAACAUGUGAGGGAGGGUUGGUUAAGAUUGCCUUAAAAAAAUAAUUUCCAUCUCUUUGCAAAGUAAAGUUCAUGUGCUGACACGCUUUCCUGGAGUGUGGAGUGCUCCUCUUACCACAGGACCAGCACUCUGUAUUUGUGUUUGUGUGUGUGUGUGUGUUUGUGUGUGUGUGCGUGUGUCCUUGUGCACGCGUGCGUGCGUGCGUGCAUUCACUAACAAUGUUUACAAAGCGUGUUUCCAUUGUGCCAGACAGGAGUGGUGGUUCCCAGUGAAGCAGCUUAAGCCAUUUCAUUCAGUAACAGGCCAUGUGUGGAGUAGACAUUGGAACCCACUUGUACUCAAAAAGCUCCCACCUUCGUUGUGCCUCACUUCUAACGGUGCUUUUUUCACUAGUCUGUCUUUCUGUUAUUUUUAAGGUGCUAUAUAUAACUUGAAUACAUUAUGCACAUAUCCUACCCAAUGGGUAGAAAUCACAAUGUUUUUUUAUGAAUGAUGUAAUAUAAUGUAUAAACAAUAUAAUAAUUUUGAGAAGGGAGCAUCAAAUUUGUAUAUGCCUACAGUAAAAAAAAUCAAUAAGUACUUUGUCUUUUUUAAUGAGAAAACAUGGGUUGCAAGUUAUGCUUAGAGGAUGGUUUUAACCCAAAUAAAAAGAUAAUAUUUUGCUAUAAAUGAUAGUGUGUUGUGAUAAGGUUAACUUCUGGUUUGAGCAAGUUGUUGAGAAAUUUAUAUUUUUUAAAUUUCUCUUCUGAGAAAAAGCAGUAUAGAACACACUAGAACUGCUAUAGAUGUAGCUGAAUGUUGGGCUAUACAUAUAGCAUUUCAGCUGAUCGGAAUUGGAAUGGUUAAUGUUUUUAUACAUGAUAACUGAACAGAAAGGAAAAAUGUUUAUUUCCCACUCUUUUUUGUGUGGUCAAGAUUAGACCGUUGCACCGGUGUGGAAAAUGCAUAUUUGACUGUCAUUGGAAUUUCACCCCCUUUAUUUAUCUUUUUUCUACAUUGCAAUAUCAUAUUUGACAUAUUAUAUUGAAAAAAGGGUGAUGUUUAAUCUGUAGUAAUUUAUUUACAGUAUGUACUGAAAACAACGUCACUGUAGAGUAACAGCAGAGCAUGUUUAUUCUUACCUAUAGACGAUGUACAUGGCAACACACCAUUUCCUCUUCAAAGCAACAAAUAAGGGGCAGUUACUUUGGUAAGAGCUUGGCUAUUUUCCUCCAAUAGCUUGAAGAAAUAGCUUAGGCUCUGACUGAUAAUUAUUUAAAUUCUGCCCCUGCAGUGUGCUCCCACUUUCUACUGGCGAGAAGUCUUUACUCAAAUGAUGACUAGGAGCUGUUUUUACUGUUUCAGAAAACAAUAACAAUUAUAAUAGCAAAGAUAGCAUCUCAACCUUUUGGUGUCACUGUCUUGACAGUUACCAUAGGACUGCUUCCAUCAUUGGUUUUGUAACAUCAGUUUGCUUUAUUUGCAAAGAUUUAUUAUUCUCAUCAUCUCCCUCUGUGCUCAGCCCCAGAAAUAAAGUUGUGCUUUUGCCUCUUUUUAUUUAAGCAAUUGUGAUGUAAUAGGGUUUUGGUCUAAGGUUUGUUAUUGCAAUACUUUUACAGAAAUAAAAAAAAAAAAUGU